AUGAAGAGAAGAAGAAACAUACAAGCAAAUCGAUCUGAUAGGGAGGGAGGCCGGUGGUUCUUAGUCCGACAUGACGCUAAGGACCUUCGCAAGUUCCAUCGCCAUCAACACGCCCUUGAGAUCUUUGAGUGGAUGGAGAUGAGGAAGAUGACAUUAUCUAUCGCAGAUCAUGCAAUUCGUUUGGAUCUAAUCGCAAAGACUAAAGGCUUAGAAGCUGCUGAAAGCUACUUCCAAAAUUUAGAUCCUUCCACAAAGAAUCAUCAGUCUACUUAUGGAGCUCUUAUGAACUGUUAUUGUGUGGAACUCAAGGAAGAGAAGGCAAAGUCUCAUUUCGAGAAGAUGGAUGAGCUUAACUUUGUUAACAACUCGUUGCCGUUUAACAACAUGAUGUCAAUGUACAUGCGGUUAGGUCAACCAGAAAAGGUUCCUCUGCUUGUUGAUGCGAUGAAACAGAGGGGUUUACUUCCUUGUGGGAUCACUUACUCUAUAUGGAUGCAGAGCUGUGGAAGUUUGAAUGAUUUAGAAGGGUUAGAGAAG